CAAGCAGUUGCUCAAAAAGCACAAGCAUCAGCUCUACAAACUAUUAAAUCAGUUAGACAGCUAAGAGAUAGCACAAGUGAAUUUGAGAGAGUAAAUGAUGCAACAAUCAAUGCCCUAAGUAUAAAGGACAAAAAUGAUAAGAUUGUUACAGCUACUAGAAAUUUUGCUCAUAUUAAUAAUGAUAAACUCAAACCAAUAUUAUUGAUUUAA